AUGAACUACCGUGUAUCAAUGCUUGGAUUUCUCUACUUGGCAAAACGCGAAGCACCAGGAAAUAUGGGUCUCUGGGACCAACAUCUGGCUUUGAAAUGGGUAAACGGAAUCAUUCAAGACCUAGCUGUCGGUCUCGUGGAGUCAGCAAGAGGCGAGGUCUUGGGAGCUUGCAUAAAGGUCGCAAUGCGCAACGGAUGUCCAUCAAAAACUAAUGAAAUUUAA